AACAACUUCUAUUGAUACUUGUAAGAUGCUUUCUUUUUUAUUUAUUUUGAUUCAGAUUGUUAAGUUUUGUCUUAUGAAUAAGUAUUUUGGGUUAAGCUUUUCUCUUAUGGUGUAGAUGCCCGGUUGUAUUAAGAAGCUCAGUUUUGGGAUUUUCAGAUUUUUAUUUGGUUGCAGACUUGUAGAUGGAAUAUUUAUGAGCUGAUUUUAAUUUUUGCUUGGGGGUGUGAACUAUAUGGGAUGAUUGAUUCCAUUUCAGUAAAGUGAAUAACAAUCAAUGAUCAAAUGGAUACAAAUUCUACCAAAUGAGCCACCAAAGGUAAAGUCAAAUAAGAGGAAGACUCCUAGAGUUAUGGAGCCACCAAAGACACCAUGGAGGCGGUCAAAAGGUGAUGGCGGCGGCUCCUUCAAGGAGGUGGCGGCAGAGGCAGAUGCUUCUUGGAGUGGCGCCGGAGACUCCCUAGAGGUGGAAGUAAGCGGCAGUAUUUUCCAGAGGUGGCGGCGGCGUUUUCCGGAGGUGGCGGCGGCGUUUUCCGGAGGUGGCGGCGGUAUCUCCCUGGAUGUGGCGGCGGCAUCUCCCUGGAUGUGGCGGCGGCAGCAACUCCCGACCUAGAGGAUGGCCUGGCAGCGGGUGUGGAUCAACUUGGAUGAGGGCUCCAUUCUACCAAGGAUUCCUUUUUUUUAAUUAAAACUGUAAUAUACGGAGUACUCCUUAAUUCGUUAAGGGUAAUUUGGUCCACUCAGUAAAACUUACUCCUAUUUGUGAACUACAAACAUUGAACUCCUAUUUGUGAACUUAUUCAAUGUGUUUACUCCUAUUAAGGGAAUUACCCCUUUUUUAAGCAAAAGCUGUAACACCGGACC